AUGUCUUCCGCAGAUGUCGCAACCCUCAAUGGGUCUUCCAAUUCCAAUUCCGGCAGCACGAAAUUGUCUGCAGCACAAAGGCUUAUGCAAAAGCACGACGAACCGCAUAAUCCCACAGUCGAAGAAGUUCCUGACGAAGAGGAUCUGACUCCCCACCCCCAUCCAACAUCCUCCAGCAUUCUCGAGUCUACCAAUGAGCUCGCAGCUGCGCCCGGCUGGGCAGCUCCUAUAUCUGAAAAAGCUGCUGGAAAGCGGAAGGAUGCCCCUUCAGGCAAGGCGACCGCACCAGUACUGGACACGCAGUCAGACGAGUCAUUCCCAGGUCUGGGAGGAUCGAAAGUGCCAGUCCGGACUGCUCCCUCGGCAUGGGUCUCCAAAACAGGUCCUCUAGUCACUAAUGGCGCGACAAAUGGCACCCCAACGAACGGUACAUCUACGCCAGUUCCUGCCAGAAGCACUCCACCUGCACCUCCGGUAGCAAGCCAGCGAGCACCGAAAGCUGCAGCGCCUUCAUCGAAGAAUCUAUCGGAAGAGGAUGCGAAGAAGGAAGCCGAGGAAGCCCGGAAAAACGAACCCUAUGUGAAAUCAUAUACCUUUGACCCUAAGGAGCUGUCUCGGUCCACAACGAAGAAACCAUUACCAGAACUUCUGCGAGACAUCAAUAAGAAGUAUAGAUUGAACUUCACACAGACCACAGGAGCAGGUGGGGCCAUAAAGAUCACCGUAGCCAGCACUAAGAGAUAUGAAGCUAUCAUUCAACAAGCGCUGAAGGAGUUGGGUUCUUAUGUUUCUAAGACUUCAGAAAAGGUGUCAAUCCCUCGAUCGGCAAGAGCUCAGCUCAUCGGCAGAGGCGGCGCCAAUAUCAAGGCUUUGCAGGAGCAGUCUGGUGCUCGAAUCCAAAUGCCUAAGUUGGAGGACACACCGGAAGCAGCCGACGAUGACGAUGAUAUGGUAAAUGUUGUGGUCGAGGGAAAUCCUUUCGCUAUUCGAUUAGCAAAGGAGGGCAUCACAGGGACUGUGUCUGCACACAAUUCCAAUGUAAAUGCGAAACUUCGAACAAUCCCAGCCGAGUUCUUCCCUUUCAUUUCUGGCGCACACAACUCAAACGCGAAUGCCUUAGAAGGGAGACAUGGCAUUCAAGUCCGAGUUCCUUCUCAUCAUACUUGGACCACCCAGCCACCGCCCGAACUCCCGGCCAAAGGGCAGGCACCCGCAUUUGUCCCGGCUGCCGGCGAUCAGCAUAUUACCCUUGGUGGUGAUCGAGCGGGUGUACAAGCUGCGCGAGCGGAAAUUGAAGCACUGGCCCAACAGCUUCGUCAACAGUUGACACUGGACCAAGUGGCUAUCAAUAGAGGCCGACACCAAUUCAUCGUUGGCGGGCGAGGAAUACCGGUUCAAGAUUUCUUUGCCGAAACAGGGUGCGCCAUCAUCCUCCCAGGGGAUGACGAUGAUGAAAUGAUCACUAUUGUUGGUCCCGCUGACAAGAUUCAACUGGCGACGGAGAAAGCAAUGGAUCUGGCGAUGGGAAUGCAAAAUCAAAGUCUCGAUAUAUCACGACAGCUCCGCAGUAUCCCAGGUGCUCGUGACCAUGCCCGCAACAUUACGCAAUAUCUACGUGAUCGUAAUGAGAUUGAGAAAAUCGAAAGACUUCACCAAGCCCACAUUUUCACUCCUUUCGACGUGGAUGGCGGAGCCGCACCGUGGGAACUUUAUUCGCGGGAUGGCAAAAAUACUAUACGAGCACAAUCGGAGAUAAAAAAUAUAGUCAUGGCUCAUCCUCCAUCUCGAAUGGCGUCGGUCCCCAUCGAUCCAUUCUUCCAUCAAUAUCUGCGAAAUGACAUCACGCCGACAGUCAAGCAAGAUUAUGGUGUUCAUGUUGUUAUUCCCAAUGCCUCCCACCCUAAUGCGCCAGUACUUCUGGUAUUUGAAGGAGAAGGCGGAGCGGAACCAGAGUAUCAAAUUCCACGCGGCCAACCAAGUAGCCCCGACGUCCAAGCUUUCCAGAGAGGUCUUCAAGACGCCCAAAAACACAUUUUGGAUAUUAUCAGCAAACAGGCCAAGAUCAUCAGUACAACGAUUGAUGUGCCUAGAAUAUUCCACGACAAGCUAAAGAAAUUCAUCAAGAAGGAACAGCAAGAUCGAGAAGCUGAUCAAAUUCCAGUCAGAGUUAGUGCUGCUGGCACCCUUGUCACUCUUCGUGGUCCUGCCCCAGCUGUAGAGAGCUUAGCGGCCAAGGUGAAUGAUUUUGUUCGGCAGGCAAUUGAGGACGAGAAAGAGCGUGGUUUUACACUGUCUUUCGCGUUCCCUAAAGAGAAAGCUGGCAAGCUGGUAGGCAAAGGAUAUGGUCAUCUUGCGGAACUGCGAGAAAAAUUUGAUGUUGACAUCAAUGUUCAAAAUGGAGAGGUGGAGAUAAAAGGCCCGAAAGCCAAAGCUGAGGCUGCGAAAUCCCAUAUUCAGACUCUUGGAAGACAAUAUGAGGACGAAGCGGAAGCUACCCUAAACAUCGAACCUCAAUACCACAGCGAACUUAUCGGUGCCAAAGGAUCUAUAAUUAAUAGGCUCCAAGACAGAUACAAGGUUCAAAUCCACUUCCCACGCCAGAAGUCGAGCAAAGAUGACGAAUCAAAUGCCGAUGCUGCAAGCGAUGCUGGUCAACAAAGAUCCCAAAAUAAGAAGCAGCAGCCGCCCAACCAUGUUAUUGUCAAAGGAUCGAAGAGCGGCGUCGCCAAGGCCACAGAAGAGAUACUCUCAUUGCUUCAAUACAACAAGGACAACUCACAUGAAGCAACUGUGACUGUCAAAGCAGGUCAAAUUUCGUCGCUCAUUGGCCAGCGUGGAAAUGGUAUGGAUGAGAUUCGUCAGUUAACUGGCGCAAGGGUUGAUGUCCCCAAUGCAAAGGAGCUGUCAGAUGAGAAUGAAGUGGUCAUCAAGAUUAAGGGCACACAGUCUCAAAUGGCACAGGCCAAGAAACUGAUCGAAGAAAAGCGGGAUAUCUACAACAAAACCAUCAAAAAGACCCUGGCAGUGGACAAGAAGCACCACGGGGCGCUUAUUGGGCCUGGAGGCUCAAAGAUCCGUGAUAUCGUUGUCAAAUCCGGUGGAUCUGACAACCCUAGGGAGAUUGUCCGAACUGUCCAAUUUCCUAAAGCGGAAGCUGAUGGAAAUGUCAUCAAGAUUGAAGGUAUGGAGGACAUCGUUGAGAAAAUCAUUGCUACGAUCAACCAGAUAGUCUCUACCUUGGAAAGCCAAGAAACAGCAGAGGUCAAUGUGCCCACAGACAAGCACCGAAUGUUGAUUGGCCGCGGAGGAAGUGACAAGAAGGCAUUAGAAUCGAAAUUCAAUGUCACACUCGACAUUCCGAGACAGGGCAACGGCCAAACUGCUGUCAAGAUCAGUGGUCAGCCGGAAGAUGUCGCGAAAGCCAAGCUGCACAUUGAGGGUCUAGUCAAAGAGCAAGAGGGCCAGACAGUCGUGGUCCCUCGCAAGGUCCAUCAUUCUGUCUCCGACAAUGGCCAAUUCUUCAGACGACUCCGAAAUGACGGCGUCACAGUUGAUCACGCGGGAUCCAAGGUUCCCCCAAAGCCAGUCGCACCAAUAAACGUCCGAGCCAACGGAGGUGCCAUGCCUUUGAUUACCGACAAUGCUACGGAAACUGCCGACGUACACUCCUGGAAGACAGUUGACUUAUCUGCAUCGGACCUCACUGGGGACAUUCCUUGGAUCUUGCGCGGUCCUCCCGAUAACGUUGCAAAGGCCCAAGCCGCAGUUGAAGCCGCCAUUAAGCAGGCUCUUGAAAAUUCUACCAUCGGCUACCUUACCCUUCCCGACCCCUCCACGUACAGAUACGUAAUCGGUCCCAAGGGAAAGAACGUUGAUAGCAUCCGGAAGGAUACAGGCUGCAAGAUCACUGUUCCAAGAGAUCAGACCAAGGAUGAGGCUAUUGAAGUCGUGGGAAGUGCGGAUGGCGUUGAGGCUGCUAAAGUCUUGAUCUUGAAGGCAGUCAAAGAUGGAAAUACAUCUAACGGCAAUCGUUCGUAA